UAUUUUAGUUGAUUUAAAACGUGUUUAGUGUGAUUUAUAAACGCGUAAAGAGAUCAUAGGCCUCGGCUUGUGAUUGUGUCGGCCAACCUUAGCGAUUUAAUUGUUACAUUGUUAACGGAGCUAGCAGAACUUGAAAACGAACGUUUACCUAAGGCGGGCCGGGGUUGUCUUUUUAACCGACAAAAGCCUUGAAACGAGUCUCGUUUAUGUUGUGUUUUUAUUGUGUAUGUGUGAGAAAGAGUGUGUGUGUGUGUUUGUGGCCGACGUCGUUGUUCUCGCUCUCAUCAGCCGUCCACUGCCUCCCUCUUCGGGGAAGACUUUGUUUGAGCUGGCCGAGGCUUCAUGAAUGCCUCCCUUCCCCCCCUCCCCAGUUCUCUGGCGAAACAGGAACAACUUCUUUUAGGAAAAAGGAAAAAAAAAGUUCCUGGAGUUUCAAGCGCCAUGGAAUUACUUUUGUCCGCCAAGAGUUGUCCAGUGAGGCGCUGAGAUUUCAGGGAGGAGGAGGGGGAAAGCCUGGUACUUCCAACAGUUGUUGUGUGCAUUAGGUUUAUUUGCAGAGUUUUGUGUUUGUAGAUGGGAGCGUGUGCUCAUUUUUAGAUCGACUUCCUUUCGAGCAAUCCCCGUUUGAGAGACUUGUGGCUUUGUGUUGUUAUCUUGGCCAACACAAGAGAGCUGAGUGUGACAAAGAAUGUGUUUUGCAUUUUGCCAUUCUAUAACUUGACUCACGUGGAGGAAAAAGACUACAUGUCCCUUUUAUUCGUGCAAAUCUAAGGUGUGAAUGACUUGUGGCUGUAGGUUGUCGUGAGAGGACCAGGUUCCUGCCUAGCCUCUGUGGCUGACCGGGGAGGAGUCGGGAGUGGAGAGCAGACAUCAGUGCCCAGGGGACCUGAGGCCUGGUUCUCCAUAUGAGGCCCUGCUGAAAGGGCAGGGGGGCUUCUGAGUGUGCCUGAGGGCCGUUGAAAGCCCCCUUGGGAGAAUUUCAUAAAUACACAAAGAACAAGGAAAGCCUUCUGGACUGUUGUUUUUGUUUUAACACACUUUUUCUUACACACACACACACACACACACACACACACACACACACACACACACACACACACACACACACAGACAAGGACAUAGAGAGAUGUUGGAGGUGCAAGAGGAGAGGCCAGCGGCGGCAGGUACAGCAGCGACACAUUUCAGCAAGAAGGAGCGAGGGAAGAAAGAGAGGGAGGAGGCCAAGGACAGUCGAGGGAACCUGUCGAACAUCGGAAAUCCUGUUGGCGGCUCCAGGAACGUGCGUGCUAAAGCUCCGCUCACACACACGGGCAGCCCUCACCAGCUCAUCACUCCUCCCUGUUCUGUUGUCCUGGGAGCCCCAUCAAUGCACUCCAAUAGGCUAAAGAACUCCCCGUCCACCAACACACAAAGCCCUAAACCCAAGACGGAGGCCAUGGUACGAUCACCUCCUGUCAUGUCCCCCUCUACUGCCGCCCAGAUGGACUCUAAAAUGCCCAAUCAGGGUAAACCAGGGAGCACAGGGAGCCAAUCACAGCCCUCUCCCUGUGACCCCAAAAAUAUGGGUGCCAAAGCGGCUCAAAAUGUUGCAGGGGGAAUGGGGCUGAAGAAUGGCCAGGGCCUGACGUCCAGCUCAAGCUCCAAGGUGAAAGGCAAAAGGGAGAGAAGCACCUCGGUGGAGUCGUUUGAACAGCCAGAGAGCGGCACCCCAACUAGUGAAGACAAAGAUAGUAGUAGGGUGAAAAGGAUGUGUGUGGCAGAGAGGAGGCAGCCAUACAGUGGCGCUGACUGGUGCUCGGGGGGUGAGAGUGAUGAAGAUGACAGAAGUUUUUUCAAUUGUAACUCUGGUGAUGUAAAGCCCCAGGACUCUGUCGCACAUUCUACCUCCAAUGCUGGACUCAGUCGAUCCUCCACACCCUCCCACAGUACGCUGGGGGGCCAAAGCUCCACAACAGAACCUGCCAGUGGCCAGAAACAGGGCUCAAAACUUGUUUAUGUCUUCACCACAGAAAUGGCAAACAAGGCAGCUGAUGCAGUUCUAACUGGCCACACAGAAAACAUCAUUACCUUCCACAUGAAAAACAUCUCCAACAGCAAAGAAAAAGCUCACCUCUUGAACAAUCCAUCUGGCAUCCUACAAAAUGACUCCAAGCCUCCGCAGCUGCCUCCGUCCCAUGGCCAAGAUCAAAGCCACCAGCCUGGAUCCAAACCAUCCUUACCUGGAAUGGCAGAGCCAACACCACCGCAGCCUUCAAAUCAAGGGAACCAAUCCUGUGUUCUUACACAGGAAGGGCCGUCCUCAGGAGGCAUAGAAUCCAAAAAUAUUCCAGGCAGCAGCCCCAGCAAUCCAACAGCCUCGGUUGACUCAGCCCCCGUCAACCAGCCUGAAGCAGGCCUCAACCCUCCAUCAUCAGUUGAAGGAGGACAAGGUGGAGGCUCGGUUGGAGUCGGUCUGACCCCCCAACAGCAGCAGCAACAGCAGCAGCUUGCUCAGGAGUUGUUGAACAUGGAGGCCAACACGGAGGGCCUGUCACAAGAACAAUUAGAACAUCGCCAGCGUUCCCUGCAAACUUUGCGAGAUAUUCAGCGCAUGCUCUUCCCUGAUGAUCGUGAUGCCCCACCAGCAGGGCCCCCUCAAACUCAUAGUGGACCCCAUGAUGGAGGCCCUGAUGGUGGACCUCGGCGAUCGGAGCAGGGCCCUUUACAAGCUAUGAUGGCACAAUCUCAGAGCCUUGGACCAGCUGGUGGACCUGGAGGACCUCGUCCUCCAGGUCCACCCUUUGGGCCACCCCAUGGGCCAAGGGACAUGCCAGCAUUUCAGCCAGAUGAAAUGGGUCAUAUGGGUCCAGGCAGCUGUGGAGAAGGAGAUCAGAUGACCCCAGAACAGGUGGCUUGGUUGAAGUUACAGCAAGAGUUUUAUGAGGAGAAAAGAAAAAAACAAGAAAUGCAACAUCGACCACUUCCUCCUGACAUGAUGAUGCACCCCCAUGGUCCUCGUGGCAUGAUGCGAGGGCCUCCGCCUCCUUAUCAAAUGGGCCCUGGAGAGAUGUGGGUAGGACCAGGAGGUCCACCAGAGCAUUAUCCAGAGCGAAUGGGAAUGGGACCUGGUCCCAGGGGCAUGCCCCCACAUAUGCAGAGGAUGCCAGGCUUCUCUGGUAUGAUGAAUCCUGAGAUGGAGGGUCCCCCACGACCUGGAAUGGGCUGGCCUGAUGACAUGCCUCCCCGAAUGGGAGAAGCACGGGGGUUCCCUGGAGGGCCUGGUGGAAUGUUUGCUGGUCCCGGGCCUCGUGGUGAGCGUUUCCCGAAUCCUCAGUCAGUCCAAGAGGCAAUGUUCCACCAAGGAAUGAGUGGAGAGAAGGGCAUUCCCCCAGGAAUGAUGAUGGAUGUUCAAAGGAUGAUGGGACACCAAAGAGGUGGAAUGGAACCUGGUAAUGGCAUGGGUAUGUUCCCCAGAAUGCCUGGUGAAGGCCCCAUGAGUCCGUCCUCAAGGCUCCAAGGGAUGGGAGGACGGGAAAUGGGGCCUGAGUUUGGUAUGGGGCCUGGGCCUGGGCCAGGACCUCAUAUGCAUCCUUCCAAAUUACGAGAUCCACCAAUGAACAUGAGUCCAGAUGAAAUGAUGAGAAUGAGAGGUAGUGGAGGACCUCCAAUGGAGAACAUGGGGCCACAAGGCAGGCCCAUGCAGGUUCCCACCUUUCCUGAGCAGGCACCAUCAGACUUUCCAAUGGGGUCUGGUCGACCCUUUCCUGGGGGAAUGAGAGGUCCACAUGCCGAUCCAGCAUUUGGUCCAGAGCACAGAGCUACACCGUCAGGAGGUAACGGUCGUAUUAACCACCUCUCCUCAGGAGGUGGUCCUGCACAAGGUCAAAGGAGCCGUAAACCAACAGAUCUGAAUGUACAAACUGGAGGGCACUCUCCCAGUGUUAACCCACUUAAAUCCCCUCCUUUGAGGCAAGUGCAGUCCCCCAUCAUGGGCUCUCCUUCUGGAAACCUUAAAUCUCCUCAAACACCGUCCCAGCUGGCUGGCAUGCUGACUGGUCCCACAGGCCCCAGUGCUCCUCCAGCUCCUCCAACUUCAGCACCAAUGAAAUCACCCCACUCCAUGAUGGGAUCAGCAGGUGCCUCUCCUGUUCAUAUGAGGUCUCCAUCUCUUCCAAACCCCUCUCCGUCAUGGGUCUCUUCACCAAAACCACCCAUGCAGAGUCCUGGAGUGCCCCCUCAGGGUGGCAAGCCUCCACUCAGCCUCACUUCACCAAACAUGAUGGGGAUGGAGCAGAGCGUUAAUGGCCCUCCCUCAGCCCCUCCCUCAUCAGGAGCACCAUCCGGCGCCAUGUCCCUCCCAGGCAACGUCCCCUCUGGCAGUCCGUACACUAUACCUCCUGAACCAACUCUAUCCCAGAACCCGCUGUCUAUCAUGAUGUCACGCAUGUCCAAGUUUGCAAUGCCCAGCUCAACCCCCCUUUACCAUGAUGCCAUAAAGACUGUUGCCAGCUCAGAUGAUGACUCGCCUCCAGCUCGCUCCCCCAACCUGCCUUCAGUGAACAAUAAUGGUAUGGCAAUGAAUCACCAAGGAAAUCCACGCAUGAUGGGACCUGGGAGUGCUGGACCCAUGCCUGCGCUCAGCCCUUUGGGUAUGAAUCCGAUGGGAUCCCAGCCUCUUUCCCAUGGCAUGCCCCCACAGAUGCCCUCUCCCAAUGCUCCUAAUAUGGGACCAGGCAUGAUAUCUCACGGCAUGAUGAUGCAACCAAAUCCCCAAGAUCCUGGUAUGCCAAACCCCCAAAUGAUGCCUCAAGGACGCAUGGGUUACCCUCACCGAAACCAGGGAUACCCCCUCACCCAGUCCCCUUCUCAGCAAGGACCUUUUUCUCCGCACAAUGGACCUGGUCCUCAAGGUUUUCCUGGUCAUCCAAUGGGCUUCCAGGGUGAGGGAGGACCUAUGGGAGGGCGAAUGGGGAACAUGCCUCAUGGGGGAGGGGGUGAUGGUGGCAUGUGCAAGCCUAAUACCCCGGGUGGACCAGAGUUCAACAACAUGCAAGGAGGAUUCAGUGAUGCAGACCUUCAUGAGGUAAUGCGACCAGGAGCCUCGGGCAUUCCUGAGUUUGACCUGUCCAGGAUAAUCCCAUCAGAGAAGCCCAGCCAGACUUUGUCGUAUUUCCCCCGAGGUGGAGGAGACAACCCUGGGGGAAAACCGCCUCACCCCUCUGGAUUUCCCAUACAGGGAAUGAUGAGUGAUGGUCCACCGAGGAUGGGGAUGCCUAUGCAGGGGAUGGGGGGAAUGUCGGGGGGACCUGGUGGGGGAAUGGGCCCUCAAGACAUGCCAAUGGGCAACCCUGGUCACAAUCCAAUGCGGCCGCCAGGUUUCAUGAGCCAAGGCAUGAUGGGCCCACAGCACCGGAUGAUGUCCCCUGUAGGUCCAGGAGGAAUGAUGCAGGUGAGACAAAUGGCUCACCCAGGCCCUGGUGGCUCACCUAAUAUGAUGAUGUCACUUCAGGGCAUGGGGGGCCCUCCACAGCAGACGAUGAUGAUGGGAGGCCAAAUGAGGCCGCGUGACAUGGACAUGGGGUUCAGUCCGGGUCCAGGAAUGUUCUAACCCAACACAAACCUUGUAACUAGAAUGUUCUUGGACAAUACACGAGGAUGGUUUAAAGAUCAUGGAGUGUAGCAAGUAUUCAGACAACUGACAGACUAAAUAAAUCAAAACAAAACACAAGUGUGUGUCCAGAAAAUGCAACAGUGGAGCCAACCUGCCAGCCAAGUCAAGUUUCCAGCAGAGACUAAGAUGGAGUACUUUGCCACACGAACAUUUAGUUUCAACUCGAGAACUGCAGAAUGUAUGGGAUUGUUGUGCAUCGAUUUCACAGAACUCUUGAUGUGUUUUUUUUAAUAUCUGACUAUAAAGAUGACUUUGACAACAAAGAGGAACCAACCUAAGUAAGUCAGCGUGGAGAUGCUACAGUAUAUGUCUACUUUUUUUCAAAAAAACAAACAAACAAAAAAAAAAACAAAUUUGUCACAAAGUGGUAUGGAACCAGAGAAAGGAGGAAGAAUAAUUUGUGCUUUGUGAAGACUUUAGUGGAAAUCCAUUUUGUCUCUCGCGCCAUUGUUUUGACUGUUUCUGUACAGUAUAUACGUGAGAGUGUGUGUGCGCGUGUGUGUGUGCUGGACAGAUUGGAUGUUUGUGUGUGGUGUGUAUGUGUCUGUAUGUAUAGGCAUUCUAUCAGUGACCUCUCAAGUCCUCUUGCCCAACUUUCAUAGGGGGAGGAACGCCCCCUGAAAAUACUGUACGGUUUACCAUUGGUGGGCUAUUCAAAUUUUAGUCUAUUUUAAUUUCCUUUGUAACUCCAGUGUAUAACAAACCAAACUAUGACCUCAUUAAGAUAAUAGUAUUAUUAAAAAAAGCACAAACAUGGACCACCUGCAGAAAGCGUCUUCUUUUCUGUUCUUUUUUUUUUAUUCUAUUUUUACAUUUGAGAGCAAUGUGAAGAUCCUGGCAGCUCUACGGCACCAUCAUCUCCAGUCCAUUUCAAGUCGUGGACGACGUUCAGACAUAGUGUUCCGAAACCUUUAGGAUUCAACUUUCGCCAGCGUGAAAAAUAUUGCUAAUACCCAGACGUGCUAUGUGUGUUCUUGUUGUGUUCCUGUUUUGUUUUGACUCGUUGACUCUGGGUAAUAAUCAUUCCCACAGCAAUAAUCCCCCUCACCCCCACCCUCCUUGACGGUCGACAGAAUGGGACAGGAGUGGCUGGAGUGCAAGAGCAGGUAAUGUAGACUUAGAGCUAGGUAGAUCUGGUACCAGUUUAGUACGGCAGGUGUGUCCAGAGUGAGACACGCUGAAAUGUAAACAUGUACUGCUUUCCAUCCAGUUGGCUUCCUCUUUUCUCUAUUGUAUAAGCUUGUCAUGUGUUUCUCCAUUGGCUUUGGUGCAGAAUAGCCUACCAGGGCUGUGGUGAUGGACUACAAAUAAAAGAUAUUGUUUUGGUAUAUA